AUGAACAAGACCAGAGUAUCACAUUUUCCGCCAGCGAAGCCUCCGCCCCUGCACGACAAGAUUCACGCGGAGGUUGCUUUUGACUACGGCGGCUUCGGUCUGUUGAACGGGAGUCCGACCGAGGAAGGCCUGCUCAUAAAGAACGCCCAAGCCGUCUUCCAACGGGCCACCGAAGUGGUCGGCAUACCUCCAGAGCGGAUCGUCGUGUUCGGCCAGUCUAUGGGGUUGGGUGUCGCCCUGUCUCUAGUUCGUGAACUAGCGCUCCAAGAGGCGUCGGUUGCAGGGCUGGUGAUCUCAGGAUCCUUCCCCGAUGUACCAACGAUGCUCGCCGAGUACCGUACUAUCUUCGGCCUACGGGUCCUUGGGCCCUUCGCCCGGUUCCCCAGCCUGCUUGCUUUGGUAGCAAAGGCUAUGCGCAAUAAGUGGCCAAAUAGGGACCGUCUGGUGGAUAUUGUGCAACAGAGCCCUCGUUAUCACAUCUAG